CGAGCAGUGCGCCUCAGCGACUAAUAAACUACAUACCCCAGAAUGCUUUGCGCCAAUCUCAAGCUCUAGCAUAGGAUAACAGACGUCUUUCAGCAGAAUUGAACGGGUAAAUAUUUGAUUUCCUGAGACUGCUUUCGCUUUAAAAAGCCGAUGCUACUUUCAGGUCAGCCGUUGCACAAACGUUAGAAGUGUCGUAAAACGAUUUCAACGGUGCUGGACUCCGCAUUCCUGAUGUUUGCUGCGGACGUAGGAGUUUGAAAAAACAACAAAUACAGCAAAACUACAAUUUGAACCUUCGAGAGGAAGCAAUUUUCUCUGUAGGCUUCUUAACUCAAUGUGGGAUGUUUGAGCUGUUUACGAGUGUUGGAGGAAAGACCCAUCCCAAACCCGUCUGGAGGGCGCUAAGACACUGCCUGACUCAAAGCCGACAGGAUUAACUUCAUAUUAGAUUUGUGAGACAAGAGAGAAAGCACACCUGCUUGAGUUUACAAUCCAGGCCACGCUGCUCCCAGUUUGUAAGCGUAUCGUAUCUUGUAUGCGAGACGCCACCUUGAACUGUCAAACUUGGCACGGCGCGUGCACCACCUGAAUCGCCUGUUGUUGUAGGACUUUACAAAUCCUAAUCCAUUCAGAAUCAAGGUCGGUCGUCCUCUGCUGCCAAAAAAGGACGUUUUCGUGUUUGGCUCCCAGAUGCACGCUAAAGAAUUUUUAUGUCUGAAACAGAAUGACCAUGAGAGGAUAGUGCGAAGCAAAUGCACGUGCAUAUCUGUGAAGGCAUCUCAGCCGGGCUGGAAAGAAGAGGAAAAAGUCCUUGAGAGAGAGGGGAACUGAACUCUGCCGGUCUCAUUCAGGUCCUAUUCUUUUUUCUGUAUGGUGGAAGCGUGCAUUCGCGCGAUGGCUCAGUCGACAGAAGCAGCCACUGCCGUGUGAAGGUCUACGUGCAACGCUCAUCUGUCAGAUAAGCAGAGCAGGAUGAAACUGAAGAAGCAGGUGACCGUGUGCGGAGGGGCUAUCUUCUGUGUGGCCGUCUUUUCUCUCUAUCUGAUGUUGGACAGAGUCCAGCACGACCCGGCGAGGAGGCAGAGUGGAGGGAACUUUCCGAGGAGCCAGAUUUCGGUGUUACAGAACCGUAUCGAACAGCUCGAGCAGCUUCUUGAGGAGAACCAUCAGAUCAUCAGCCACAUUAAAGACUCUGUGCUGGAGCUCACCGACACGGGCGCCGUCUCUCCCAGCGGGCACCUACCAUUUCGCAGCGCCAACGGCUCUUGGGUGCUGCCUUUCGACGGCAGGCCCACUUUUCUAUCCGUUAAGCCGCAGGACUGCCAGUUUGCACUGGGGCGCAGAAGCAAGACGGACCUGCAGAUGCUGGAUGUUUACUCGCUGCUCAACUUUGAUAAUGUGGAUGGUGGUGUUUGGAAGCAAGGCUUUGAGAUCACCUACGACCCCAGUGAGUGGGAUGAAGAACCGCUGCAGGUGUUUGUGGUCCCUCAUUCUCACAAUGAUCCAGGAUGGAUCAAGACAUUUGAUAAGUACUACAAUGACCAGACCCAGCAUAUCUUAAACAACAUUGUGGUGAAGCUGUCGGAAGACCCUCGCAGGAAGUUUAUCUGGUCUGAAAUUUCAUUUUUCGCCAAAUGGUGGGAAAGCGCUGAUGUACAAAAGCAAGAGGCAAUGCGCAGGCUUGUUCUCAACGGACAGCUGGAGAUGGUAACGGGAGGUUGGGUCAUGACGGACGAGGCCACCGCUCACUAUUUCGCCAUGAUCGAUCAACUCAUCGAAGGCCAUCAGUGGCUGGAGAAAAAUCUCGGUGUGACCCCUCAAUCAGGCUGGGCAGUGGAUCCGUUCGGUCACAGCGCCACGAUGCCUUACUUGCUGAAACGGGCCAACCUGACCAGCAUGCUGAUUCAGAGAGUCCAUUAUUCCAUUAAAAAGCAUUUCUCUGCCACCCGGAGCCUAGAGUUCAUGUGGAGGCAGGUCUGGGAUCCUGAAUCAAGCACGGAUAUGUUCUGCCACAUGAUGCCAUUUUACAGCUACGACGUGCCUCACACCUGCGGGCCCGACCCAAAGAUCUGCUGCCAAUUUGACUUCAAAAGGCUUCCGGGUAGUAGAGUAAACUGCCCAUGGAAGGUGCCACCCCGAGCCAUCAAUGACGCCAACGUGGCCGAGCGAGCUUCGGUUUUGCUCGAUCAGUAUCGUAAGAAGUCCAAGCUGUUCCGUAGCAAAGUGGUGUUGGUUCCUCUGGGAGAUGAUUUCCGGUACGAUAAAGUAUUGGAGUGGGACCAGCAGUUCUCCAACUACCAGAAACUAUUCGACUACAUGAACUCCCAUCCAGAAAUGCAUGUGAAGGCUCAGUUUGCAACACUGACGGACUACUUCAACGCCGUUUACAAGGCUAACGGAGUCACCCCGGGGGCGCGACCGCCAGAUUACCCUGUGGUGAGCGGAGACUUCUUCGCCUACGCGGACAGGGAGGAUCAUUACUGGAGUGGAUACUACACCUCACGACCCUUCUACAAAAACCUGGACCGCGUGUUAGAGUCUCAUCUCCGAGGGGCUGAGAUUCUUUACAGUCUGGCGGUCGCUCACGCGCGGCAUGCGGGCAUAGAAGGAGGUUACCCCACCUCAGAUUACUCUCUUCUCACUGACGCCAGGCGGAACAUAGGGCUCUUUCAGCAUCACGACGCCAUCACAGGCACUGCCAAGGAGAUUGUUGUCAUUGACUACGGAAACAGGUUACUGCGUUCUCUGGUCGGUCUGAAGCGAGUGAUCAUAAACGCAGCACACUUUCUAGUAAUGAAGAACAAAGAUGUAUAUCGCUUUUAUCAGACAGAGCCUUUCCUGGAGACGGACGACAGACGGGCCACGCAGGAUUCUCUUCCGCAGCACACGCUUAUCGAGCUGGAGUCUUCUCCGAGGUAUCUGGUGCUGUUUAACCCGGUGGAGCAGGAGCGUUUGUGUAUGGUCACAGUGUUGGUGAAUUCAGCUAAAGUACGGGUUCUAACUGAAGAUGGGCAAACGUUACCCGUUCAGCUCAGCGCACAGUGGGUGUCCGCCGUCGAAAUGAGUGGAGAGGUUUACCAGGCCUCUUUCAUGGUACGCCUGCCUGCGCUGGGAUUGGCCGUUUUUCACCUGUACGACUCUGCCGACUCCCCCAUGACCAUGCACUCGGAAACGCUGCUGAGGAUUCCCGGGCGGGGCCAGGCCAUACGAAGUUUGGAUCCUUUGCCCGUUCGUUCGCAGACGGCGGAUCCUCAACCCUUCUACAUCCAAAGUCAGUCUCUCACUCUGGGCUUCUCUGGAACAACAGGCCUGCUGGAGAGCAUUCGACGCAAAGACGACCCCCAGGAGGUCAGGGUACGGAUUCAGUUCCUCACAUACGGCACUCGACCCUCAAAGGACAAGAGCGGAGCUUAUCUCUUCUUACCGGACGGAAAUGCUAAGUCUUACUCGCAGAGAGAAGCUCCGAUUGUGCGUGUGCUGGAAGGUCCGCUCUUCAGCGAGGUCGUGAGUUACCACCAGCACUUCCAACAGACGGUCCGCAUUCAUAAUGUUCCAGGAGUAGAUGGUUUGUCUCUGGACAUCACCACCAUGGUGGACAUCAGAGACCAGAAUAACAAAGAGCUGGCCAUGCGUCUGGUUACAGACAUUCAAAGUGAAGACACUUUCUACACGGACCUCAAUGGGUUUCAGAUCCAACCACGGCGGUUCUUCCAGAAACUUCCAUUACAGGCUAAUUUCUAUCCGAUGCCCACCAUGGCGUACAUUCAAGACAGUCAGUACCGGCUCACGCUUCACACGGCCCAGGCAUUGGGGGUUAGCAGUCUGGCCAGUGGUGAGUUGGAGGUGAUUCUGGACCGGCGCUUGAUGCAGGAUGAUAACAGGGGUCUGGGUCAGGGCCUUAAAGACAACAAGAGAACAGCCAACCGCUUUCGCCUUCUGUUGGAAAGGAGAAGCAAUAGCGGAAAGAUGGUGGACAGCAGAUCGGUCAGCUUCCCAUCGCUGCUCAGUCACAUGACCUCUUCCAUCCUAAACCACGAUGUGCUGGCGCUUCCCGUGUUGCCCAGGAAACACGGCGUGCCCCCCAUGCGCACCUUCGCACCAUUGGCCGGCACGCUGCCAUGUGACUUCCACCUCCUGAACCUCAGGAGCAUCCAAAGCUCGCAGGACGCACACUCUCCGUCUCCUCAUACGGCUCUACUAUUUCAUCGCCUGGGGCUGGACUGUGGUCUGGAGGCUCAGAACCCCGGUUUCAACUGUACUACCACACAGGGCCAGCUGACCGUUUCUGGACUGUUCCGCGGGCUGGAUGUACAUUUGCUGCAGCCCGUAUCUUUAUCACUCAUGCACUCUCAGCCUCCGCUUUCCAACGACUCCUCCAUCCAUCUAGAGCCAAUGGAAAUCUCUGCCUACAAGCUUAAGCUGUGCUAGGACAAAGUUGCACCAGAGCCGGGCACUCCGUUUGGACACUCGGAACCCGUGUUAGCUAAAGUAGAGAGCCACAGCUGGAUGAACAGAGUAGUUUGUUUAUCCAACCCAUCCAAAUCAACAAAUCUACAUGAAGGCGCUAGUCCCUCUCGAGGUGAAAGGAUCAAAGACUCAAAGAUGAGAAUGUUCCAGCCGAACGUAGAAACUUGGUAGCUGCACUUGGAGCUGAAAUAAAAGAUAAUGCUCGAGCUUGUUUUUAUUGGACGGAGCACAAAUCGGCUGACAUCUUUUUUAUUCCCGCCGACCAUUGUUUUUAUCCGUUUUUGUUUGAUUUUGGCUCGUAUGUUUCAUCGCCACACCUUACUUAAACCCAUUCUGGAGUUCAUACUGUAUGUAAAUAUGUCCAAGCUAUACGACUGGAUCUAUACAAACUUGUGGGACUCUGUGCAAUAUGUAAUGCUUCACUUUCCGCUUCUUCGUUUGCUUUUUCUACUCUAGGCCUUGGAAGCAAUGCUUGAAAAGCUCGCUUUAUUUCUUUGUCUUUGCUUGUGCAGGGCAGACGCAUGAUUUCUAUGAAUGUGAGUUGCCACAGAUGGUCUGUGAAGGCCAUCAGUGGUGUAACUUAAAAAAAACGUCUUUUUUUCAUAAUAGGCCACGAUGAACCGCAAUCCAGUGGUGGUCUUCAGCUAGCUCUAUUAGAGGUCGGUUAUUGGUAAGUUGCGCGAGAAGACAAGUGCCGACUUUACAGAUCUGUACGUAAACUUUGUCACAGAAUGAAGCUGCUUUUGAUAAGCUAGCUCUGAAGUCUGUUGUUGUUUUUACGUUAUUAUUUGACAUUUUGCAUCGCGAUUAGCAUUCAAAACGAUCCUUGAAUCGCUGAAUGUUUGUUUAUACCGCUUUGUGUCGUCUUAUGUGCAGGUCUGAGACAUUUUUUUUCCAAAGCAGUUAGCCCCGUAAGGACUGUUUUUGGAUUAGACUUCAAAGAUAUGCAGCGCUGUAUUAUUUUAAAGCAUCUAAGGAUCAGUCUGAGAGCUUUUCAAAGAGCACCCAGAUCAGUCAGAGAGCUUACACCUAUACAUCAACACAUAAGAUAGCCUCUUGAAUACCUUCCGCAGUACUUUCAGGUAAUGGAACAUUACUUGUAUCCGACUGUAAAGAUACAGGCCACUACAGGCCGCUUUCUCAUAGUAACACGGUCCUGCAUUCGCAAUAAAUUGUGGAUUCAUCUACAUGUUUGUAAUUCUUGUAUGUCGUGUAGCAGAUCCAUCUUGGUCCUUUUGUCUGUCACCUCGGUAGCUUGAGUCAGCUUCUGAAACUGUCCGGCUGACACGGACAAGCGUCGAAAACCUGUUCCACAAUCUGUCAGUUUAAAGUCUCUCGGCUUUUGAUUUAAAUGACCAAAAACAUUCUGGCUUCCCGAUUAUCUCUCUGCGGGGUGUCCAUUCCGAUCACUCGGACCGUAAACAGACUUUCCCGGCUAAUCAGGUUUGGCAGUAGCAUCCUAUCAGAAACGUAAUUUUCUGCGGGGGGAAGGCCGCUGCGCAUUGAGUAUGAAUGGCGUGCGAGCCAAACGUCCGUCCACGGAGCACGUUUUGGCUCCCGGCGGGGUUUGCUUGUCAUUCCAGAAUGUUCGUUCUUCCAUAAUUUCACUUUUGUAAUUCAUAUUCAUUCUCUCUCUGUGUGUAUCACUGCCAUGUUUAUGUUCUGCAUACACUUGUCCAAUCAGCUGUUCUGACAGAUCUCAUAGUUAGAUGUCCUUUAUUUGUGUAGUCAGUUUUUUCUGAGAAAAUGUAAUGGCGACGUAUUGAAAGAUUAAUGUAUUCUUUUUCCCCCGUUUUUUCGAUUUGGUUUCUUAGCGUUUGUUUUGAAAAUGACUCGAACGAAGCAAAAUGCAAAGACAUUAAAGAGGACGUUUAAUAAAAAUCUGACAUUUCAAGAAAUGUGGGAAUGUUAUUAUAUAUGCAUCCAUGCUGUUGUGUAUUCAAUUGCUAAAUCUGAACCAACCAUUUUCCUUGCCUUUUGUCCAGAGUUUGUACAAUUUUGUUGUUGUGCUCUGAAUCAAAGACAGGGGGCAGUAGGGGGUCAUCUGCAGUUAGCUCCUGCCGUGGUGUGUGGAGUUCAGUUCGCAAGAGUUCACAAGAUAUUCUGCUUUUUAUAUCAAACCACCCACGAUAAUGGCCAGAACAUCAGGUAGUGAUUCUAGCAGACACUGUGGUUUGUACCCUGCGAAAGGACAGAAAAUACAGCUGACCUUAAUCAGAGCCGACAGAUCUCUGGCCUUUUUUGAUGCCCUUUAAUGCCCAGUUGAGAUCAGAUUUGGUUUCAUCUACAGCCGCAGAGAUUGUGUGUUAGAGUUGGAAAAAGGCCCUCAGCCAGGGCGUUUGAGAAAGAGCCCAUUCCUCUUAAUAAAUCUGCCAGCGAUGUGGGCUGAGACGGCAAUAAAAUUCAAUCUCACAACUAAGGGCUUUAAUAAGACGUGAGAGGUGCUGAUAGAUUGAGAUGUUUUUAAAGGAUUAGUGCACCAGAAAUGAAAAUUCUGUAUGGCUUUCUUUUCUCUGUGCAACGCCAACACAAUUUGUUUCUCAAAAUGGUCACGGCGUUCUUUUCAGAACAAUAAAAAGCAAUGUUUUGUGAAUAUUAACUUAAAGCAAUCUGUCAUCAUUAACUUGGUCCAAAUUUAGAACGCUUGUUUCCAAAAAAAAUUGGCCAACUCUGACUACCAUCACCGAAAAAAAAGAUAGGAUUUAUGUACCUUUUUAAGCUAUUUGCUCAAAUUUUAGCACAGUUUUUAUUUUAAGUAAACUGCGUGCAAAAACUUAAAAAAAGAGAAAAACUUGGUGUGUGCAAAACUUGCACAUAUAAACAUAAAAAUAUAAGUAAACCCUACUAGUUGUUUAUUAAGGUGAAAAAGGACAAUGGUACCCAAAAGUGACCCAGAACUUUCCUACAAUCUUCAAAUCUGUACACAUUUGUUUGUUUUGAGGAACACAAAAGUAGAUAUUUUGGAGCAACUUAAGGGUGAGUAAAUGAAGACAGAAUUUUCAUUUUUGGGUGAACAGUUUCUUUAAAGCAGGGGUCUUCAAUUACUUUUCUUUGUCCAGAAUCCAAAAGUAUAAAUAAGAUGUGGGCCAGUUUUUCAUAACCGUAUCCUUAUUCCUUCUAUUAUUUAGUAUUUCUGUUAUUUACUGCAUGUUAUUACUUUUAUGCAGUUUUUUGUUGCUGUUACUUAUAAGUCAUAUAUUAAACAUGAACACAAAUAUUG